AUGAUUCGGGAAUACAUCCGGCUUGCUAUCCCAUUCUUUAUGCUCAGCUUGAUGUUGGUCGCCUCAUACCGAUCACCGAGCCUGCCACUUCUGGUAAUGGGAUCUGGGCCCGAAAUGACUCCUCUCGUGUCCCCCUCCGUUGAGAAGAAGUGCAUUGAGCAAUUGUUUGUGUAUCUUCUUGCGAAUGCCCCGCAAAUCCUUGAUACUUGCGGAUGGUUGUUCAUUCGAUUCUACAUCCUUUGGAAAAUCAUUACCCUCAUGGCGGAUGUCUUCUUGAAGCCCUUUGUCGUUUUCAUUGCGAAGAAGGCUUACAGGUAA